UCAACAUAUUUGUACUUUCCAUGAUGUGUAUAGUAUUUACAAUAUAUGGCAAAAUCUUAUUGGUAUUGUUAUGGGUGUAAGAUUUAACAUUGAAACAGUUAUUCUCAGUAGAGGAUAAGCCAGUAAGCGAACAGGUAAACGUUUCUUUAGGACUUCAUUCCAAUGAGACGCAAAAAAAGGAGCGUGAAACAACUCAACUUUGCUUUUCAUCCUCCAGUUUCGACUGUUUCUGGGUUCUGGUGCCGCUAAACUGUAUUGUUAGAGAUGACGUUCCUAUGGACUGCAGUUGCUUUCUUCCUCUAUGUGAAAAUAGGUGUAGUCCUCAUCCUCUGUCUACCCUUCAUCUCAAUUACCAGAAUGCAAAGUAUCUUCCAGCUGAGAAUAUGGAACAAAAUGUCCAGUAUUUGGACCAAAUUCUUCCUCAACAUCAAAUUAUCCUACAUCAUGAUCAUAAUCCUUAUAGUCCUCUUGAUUGACUCUUUGCGUGAGAUGUGGAAGUAUUCGGAGGUGAAGAACAACAAGGAUGCUAAUCUGCAUCCCGACAUGUUUAACCACCUCCACAUGAAGCUGUUCAGAGCCCAGAGGAACCUCUACAUCUCCGGCUUUUCCCUUUUCCUCUGGCUAGUACUGUGGCGGGUGAUCACUCUGAUCAACCAGCUGGCGACGGCGUCUAGCACCACGGCCUCUCUGCAGACCAAGGCAGAAAGUGCCAACCAAACUGCCAAGAAAUGCAUUGAGGACAACAAGGUACUGAAGCAGACUCUGAUGGAUGGGAAGGGGAACAAGGCCACAGCAGAGGGAAACGAGCUGCUGAGAAAAGAGAUGGAGAAACUGAGAGGAGAACUGAAGGGCUCAGAGGAAGCCUUGAAAAAGUUUKAAUCCAAGAUGGACGCUAUGAAGAAACAAUCCGAUGGACUGACCAAAGAAUACGACCGACUGCUGAAAGAACACCAGAAUCUUCAAGAGAUUGGAGACAAAAAGGAUGAUUGAUCGGGGUUACGACUACAGCGGUCAGAYCAUUUACAGAUUGUACCGAGAAACCAGAAAAAAUACUGUCACACACGCUAUCAUUUUCCUUUGACAUAUUGAAGCACUGUGCAUGAUGUCACCAAAAUACUCCUCCAAAGCACCACUGAGCUGGCAAACAUUAGAUAAAAAGCAUGUUUAUAAUAGAAUAGCUACUACACCAACAUAGAAAAUGUUUUUCUAUUAUUUUCGGACUUUUGGAGAAUGGAUGGCAGUACAAGCUUCAGAUUACAGUGGUCUUCUACUUUGAAUGUGUUUUUGAUGUAAUGGCAAGAUCACCAUUGCAUUCAUAUCAAUGAUGUCUAUAUUCCAGUUUUUUACCUUAGCAACUAUGCAGAUUGAAUUGUAUGUUUUUUUAUAAAACAAAAUUAGCAUUA